UCCUUCCUCGAAUAUCACAAAGUAGGCCAAACCGAAAUGCACAAUUUAGUAAUGUCAUCUUAGAGGGAGUUCCGCAAACUUAAAUCCAAAUUUUAAUUUUUAUCCAAAUUUUAAGUUAACUAAAUUUAAGCUCAUAUCUGAAAAGUGGAAAGUAUCCUUCCUAAGUCAGUAUGGCCGGAGGAAAAAAUUUAUCAAAUUCAAAUAUUCAAGUGAAGGAGAUUUCUAAUGCAACAACCUCUGUACAUUGGAAGCAGACUUCACUCACUGCAUCUCGGCCGGAUAUCGCUGAGGAGGACAAGGACAGUUUCUACUAUCUGAUAUCAGAUUUAUUUAGUGUUUUGAUAUUUUUCGUCGUCCUCGUUUUUCAACUUUGGAUUAAAUGGGCAACUUUUAUUGUGCGGGUAGUGAAACUCAUAUACUCCGCAGAGAGGAAUGUACAAAUUGCUUUAUUGAUUGCGGGGUUUUUAUUCAUUGCUUCUUUAUUUUUGCAAUACGUCGUCGGUCAUUGCCGCAACAAUGCCGAUACUCCCUCUAAGAGAAAUACUAAUUGAACAAAGCUAACCACGGAUAAACUCAGUCCUUGCGAGUUGUGAAAAAAAUAAUGCUUUAAUUCCUGAUUUUUGUAUUAUUCAAAAGUUGAAAAAAAAAAUAUUUAAAUUAAGAGAAAGCAAA